CGGAGCGUGAGGGAGAGUACGUCAGGCAGCGGCGGCGGUGGCGGCACGUGUCCUCAUCAUGGAGUCCAAACAAAUGUGUAUGCAGGAUUCUGUUAUGAAGCUGCGUCUGGAGGCGCAGAAAGUGGAUGAACAGCUGACAGCAGCAGAGGCAAAAGCAGCGCAAUCCACCAAGCAACUACAGGAGGCCAACAAGCGGUACAAUCACUUACUGGAAGAGCAGGACUUGAUAGAGAGUCGUACACGCAGCACCCGCAAUAACCUCCGGAAGUGUCACGAAUCCUUCCUCAUUGAGCGAGAGAGAAUAAAUAACGCUAAUACUCGCUUGGCAGAACUACAACACAAGAAAACGAUUGUAAAGGACGACAUAGCGCGGUUAGAGGUUGUGGCUAAGGUGGUGGAGCGACGGAUGAAUGCUUGGGAGGAGAUUUUGAAGACCAGACGUAUGCGUAACACUCCUGAGGAAGAGCAGGUGAUUCAAGCACGCCAGAGCGUUGCCUCUCUCAGGGAGCAUCGGGAUUCUCUCAAAGGCAUGGUUGGAAAACUGCCUCGCCUUAGGGACCAGGUGGACAGCCUCACGCAACGCAAAGAUCAUCUAGAGAAGCGGGCGAGCAUGCAGCACGAGUCGCUAAAAGAAGUGCAAGAUGAGUUACAUAGAGCCAACCAGGACGUGAGGGUAUACCAGCGACGUGACAAUGAUCAUGUGAGGCGUCUACAAAAUGAUCGAGACCAGGUGUCAGCCCGCAACGCUCGCCUAGCCAUGGAGUUGAGUCAGAUGGAGGAGAAUGUCACCAAAAUAAGGGAUAGGCUGGAGGCUGGAUGGAGGCCACACUAAGUCCCCCUAACUUACUGGAGAUCCACUACGCAGGUCACAUCGAUUUUGAAAACUGAUUUCCAUUUCGGCAUACAUUAUUAUUAUUUAUUUUCAUCCUUAACUGUCCUGAUUUGUCUAGUUGUUUCUGUAGGUGAUGUACGGGUUUCGUUUAAGGGGUUGUGUUAAGCCGUCUUCACCGACUCCAAAAUAACAAUGUCCAAUUGAGCUAUUUGGAAUGGAAUGAAUUGGCCUAUCCCCAGAUCAUGAAAUGUCUUAUAUAUUAUCCUUUUAAAUGGUUUUCAUAGCAUUGACGUCAGAAUGAAGAUUCUUACGAGAAAAUCAGCAGGAACCAUAAGGAAGAUUCGAACCUAUACACUGGGUAUUCUUAGGCAAACGCUCUAAACCACUACACCACUACAUGGACAAAAGCAUUGCAACCUGGGAUUUAGCUGAAUCCUCUAGGGUUUCCGUGGCUUCCACUGAAGCCUAUCAUAGUUUCGCACAAUGCCCCCCUCCAUGCACUCUGGCUUGUAGUCUAGGAAUUCUACCUCCUACGCAUCUCUUGAAAUGGACAAAGAAGCGCAAGAAGUAGAAUUCCUAGACUACAAGCUAGAGGAAUGGACUCGUUGUGUGAAAUCCUGAUAGGCUUCAGUGGAAGCCUCAGGAACCCUAGAGGAUUCAGUUGAAUUCCAGGAUGCAAUGCUUUUGACCAUGUCGUGGUGUAGUGGUUUAGAGCGUUUUUGCCUGUGAGAACCCACUCCAUAGGUUCGAAUCUUUCUCAUGGCUCCUGUUGAUUUUCUCAUUGAUUCAUCACGUUAAUUGGAUUUCUUUGUGUAAUUGAAGGUUCUUACAUAACACCAAAUUAAAUCUUUAUUUUUUUAUGAACAAUUGAGUAUUUCAGUUGAAAGUUUCCUAGAACAGUGUAGUGGUAUUUUUAAUAAAAAAAACCCAAUGGGUUAAAUAAAAAAAUACACCAAAUUAUUCCCUUUAUUAACUACGCUAAAUUGCCAGUGUGUAGAAAUUCCUAUCAUAUUCAAGACUUAAUGCAGCUUAUAUUUAGCUGUGAAAGUAUUGCAAUAAAAGUUCAUCUUUUCAGCAAAUGUUCUAGUUUAGUCGUGUCUGGUGAUUCCUUACAAGUUACAAGACAAGC